UCUCUGUCCACGCGCCCGCCAUGGCGCCCGCUCCGGCCGUGCUGACCCGGCUGCUGUGUGCAGGUGUGCGGCGCUGGCCAGGUUUCCUGCAGAAGGCGCUCCCGGGCCCUGCGGAGCAGAAUGGUAGGAAGGUCACGGGAGCCCCGGUCCCCGCGGUCAGCGAGCCCCAGGAUGGCGACGAUUUCCAGAGCAGGAUCCUAGAUACGCCUUUACAGCAUUCGGAUUUCUUCAAUGUCAAGGAGUUGUAUUCUGUGAAGAGCCUCUUCGAGGCCCGAGUACACCUGGGACAUAAAGCUGGUUGCCGCCAUAGGUUUAUGGAGCCAUACAUCUUUGGGAACCGCCUGGGCCAAGAUAUCAUUGAUCUGGAUCAGACAGCCUUGAAUCUCCAACUGGCUUUGAACUUCACCGCACAUGUGGCCUACCGCAAGGGCAUCAUCCUGUUUGUGAGCCGGAAUCGUCAGUUCUCCCACUUAAUUGAGACGACAGCCCAGGCCUGCGGGGAGUAUGCCCAUACCCGCUACUUCAAGGGCGGCUUGCUGACUAACGCACAACUCCUCUUUGGCCCUACAGUCCGCCUACCAGACCUCAUCAUCUUUCUGCACACGCUCAACAAUGUCUUUGAACCCCAUGUGGCUGUGAGGGAUGCAGCCAAGAUGAACAUCCCCACUGUGGGCAUUGUGGACACCAACUGCAACCCAUGCCUCAUCACUUACCCUAUCCCUGGCAACGACGACUCGCCCCAAGCUAUCCAGCUCUUCUGCAAGCUCUUCCAGACGACCAUUAACAGGGCUAAGGAGAAGAGGAGGCAGAUGGAGGCCCUGCAUCGGCUGCAGAGUCCCAAGGGGGCCGAGGGCAGUGGGACAUCUCCUGUGCCUGAUAAGAGCCAUUCCCCAUGAGAGGAAGCCCUUCUCCCACACUGGAUAACCAGGCCUGUUCCGAGCAGGAAGGGCCUUGUCCAAGCCUCAUCUGUGUCCCCUCUCCCCACCCUCAGCGUCAGCACCACAGUCCUGUUUUCCCUAGAUAUGGCCACCCCAAAGUCCAGUGAUCUUGAGCUAACUCUUAUCUGUCUCUCUUCUGGGAACAAACUCAGGUAAAGUACAUAUCCACAUGGUCUCUGGCAUCCAUUAAGACUUGAACAUUAAGCCAAGUUUCAGCUUCUCUUUUCAGUUAAAAUUAAUCUCCAUUGUCCGCUAAUUAAUCCUUCAUUCUCUGAAGAAAAUUCCAAGCAAAACAACACUGGUGUCCCUCAGGACCCCCAGUAGUUGCCUCUAGACCUGUAACCAGACUUAAGGCUAAGCAGGCUCCCAGAGAGGAGAUAGGAAGUCCAUGCAUUGUGCUGCACUACUAAAGAACUUGAUGCGUUUGCUAAUUCAUUCAAGCAGAAGUCUGGGGAAUAUAUGUGGGAAUGGAUUUUAAAGGUGUGGGGUAAUGGAAAGAACAUAAAACUGAAUCAGGCUGAGUUUUAUUGAUACGGGCUCUCUGAGUGGAGAUCUUAUGUUUAAUAUGGAAGCUCACACAGUGAAAAACGGUGUCAAAAGUUUGUUUGAAUGUUUGGCUAAAGUAUUUUUGGUUUGGUUUGGUUUGGUUUUCUGUUUUUUGAGACAGGGU